AUCAAACAUGCAUUGUUUUACGGCCACACUGAAGCACGUUGUGUAUUCCCCAUAUUGUAAUGCCAUAUUAUAAGUCAUUGUAAUAUGUUUAGGUUCACAAGGUGAGGAGGUGGCGGUGUACGUGUUCGGCUAUAUCGUCAAAUUUUCCAUGCUGACCUGUUUCAUUCUAAAGUGUCGGCCCUGAGGGUUUUUAUGACUUUACGAGGCCAGGUUGCAGAUGUGUCAGAUGUAAAGUCCACCUGUUAUCGGGCGGAAGGACUGUCUAUCUGACAGGGUCAGAGCUGCUAGGUGGAGGCAGACCAGUGGAGAGCAGAUCCUGGUUGAGGACGGAGCUGAAGGAAGAUGGAGCUAGCGAGGACUCACACGGCCUUUGUCCUCAUGCUGAUGUUGCAGUGGGCUGCAGGCGUGCAGGGAGAGUGCCUGUCCCCGGGACGGAAGUGUGACUUCACAUGUGACUGUACCGACUGUAGCGAUGAAAGCGACUGUGGCUACAGCGGGAAGAGCUUUGCGUGUACCUUUGACGCUACCUCCUGUGGGUGGCAGUCCACGGCUCAAUCCCUGAGCUACAUCUGGGAGGAGCAUCAGAGAGGGGAGACCCCGCCCACCAGCGGCCCCUCCUCCGACUACACCACCGGCACCGCCUCAGGUCGCUAUAUGGGCGUGACGGCCGUGUCAGCCAGCACUCCUUCGACCGCAAAGCUGUUCUCACCUCCGAUGACUAACACCUCUCCGACCUGCCGCCUGCGCCUCCGAUACUUCAUCUGGGACGCAGGACUAACAGGUCUGGGGCAGACACCGCUGUGGGCGUCUGUGCUGCAUCUGAACGGUUCGAGUCUGGUGGUCUGGCGGCCCGGUAGCUCUAGUGUCAACGCCUGGAGGGAGGCCGACAUCUUCCUCGGUCGCAUCCCAUUCGGAUUCCAAAUAUAUCUGCAAAGCAAGCGCACCGAGGGUCUCCGUGGUGACAUCGCCGUCGACCAGCUGGAGUUCCUGGACUGCGCUCUGCCCGCGCCGAGCGCAUCAGGGCUCUGCGCAGACGGCCUGCUGCUGUGUGCGCGCGGCGGAUGUGUGGAGCAGCGGCAGGUCUGCGACGGCACUGACGACUGUGGGGACGGCACCGAUGAGCUGAAAUGCGAGGGCUACCAGGCAUGUGACUUUGAGGACGAUCGGUGUGACUGGGACCUGACACCUAUUUCCAAUCUGCAUUGGACACGGACCUCUCAGAACAACAUCUCCACCACCGACCCGCUCAAAGGGCCCGGCAGAGACCAUUCCACCAACAGCGUCACAGGUCACUUCCUGUACGUGACCGUGCCCGAGGGGGGGCUGAAACAUGAUUGGGCGGCAUUUCAAAGUCCACUCCUGGAACCCACCAACAGCACGCACCCUUGCAAGCUGGUGAUGUACACCCAUCAGUUUGGGCCGCGGGCCGGGGGUCUAUCCGUCCUGGUUGCAAGCUACAAGAUCGUCCCCGUCUGGGAGCGGGGUGGUGACCUUGGGGACCUGUGGGUGAAGGCUGAGGUGGAGGUGGUGGCCAACACCACCUUCAAGAUCCUGGUGGUGGCAGCCAUCAGGGAUGCUGAGUAUGGGGGUAUUGGAGUGGACAGCUUGCGUCUGUCCCCCGGCUGUGUCCGAUCAUCAGGAAUCCCGACAAUGCCGACGGAAUUCCCCCGUCCCCCUGGAGAUCCCUGCAUCGAGAGCAGCAAGAUGUGCGACUUUGCCCCCGACUGCUCAGAGUCCGCUGACGAAGACAAGUGUGGUGACUUCUCCUACGAUAAGGGCAGCUCAGGUUGGACAGACCGGAGCAUUGGAAGUCAAGCUUGGAAGCUGCAUAAGAAUUCAAACUCCAUCGCCAAAGAGGAGUACCUGUAUGUCUCCGGGGCCCCUGGCCAGCAGCUGACGGACGCCCAGUGCAGAACUCCUCCCCUGGGGCCCUCGGGGCCGGCCUGCAGCCUCUCCUUCUCCUACGCCCUCACCGGAGCCCCCGACCACAUCGGAGACCUGUCAGUCCGACUGAUUGACAGCUUGCGGGGCCAGUUGCCUAAGCUGUGGGAGUUCAGCGGGAAGACCGGCCCUGAGGAGACGGCCUGGCGCAGGGCCGAGGUGACAGUUGGGGACCGACGACAUCGCUUCCAGCUGGCGUUUGAGGCUCGGGCCGCGACUCUGGGUCUGAACGCCACCGUCCGGGUGAAGGACGUCCGCUUCAGCCGCUGCCACCCCAACCACCUGCCCUCCUCCCCCUCAGGCCUGGCGUGUAACUUUGAGGACGGGCUGUGCGACUGGUACCAGGACCACAGCGAUAACUUUGACUGGACGCUGCUCCCGGGAAUGGACCACACCAUCGGGACCGGUAAGAGCCUGGUGGUGGACCUUUGGGACCCGUCUCUGCGGGGGGGGUCCGGUCGGCUGCUCUCCUUCCCCCAGCAGGCCUUCCCCACGGACCGCUGCCUGGCCUUCUACUACAAGCUCUACGGCUCGCAGACAGGCGUGUUGAAUGUGAAACUGACGGACAGCUACGGCCAUGAGGUGUUGCUAUGGACACGUAGCGGAGCGCAUGGAAACUUCUGGCAUGAAGAACACUGCACAGUCCCUUACCAGCUCAGCAAUUUCCAGCUGGUGUUCGAGGUGCUGCGCUGGGGCUUCGACGGGCGCGUCGCCAUCGACGACGUGGCCCUCCUGGAGCGGCCCUGCGCCGUGCCGCGGCUCUGCUCCUUCGAGGGCCAGGUGUGCGGCUACACCAGCUCGGGGGCCGUCCGCUGGGGCCAGAGGAACGGCCUCGCGGCCGCCCCCACCGGGGGGCCCAAGGCGGACCACACGCUGGAGACGGAGAUGGGGUACUACAUGAUGGUGUACAGUGGUGUGGACGACCUGGGGUUGGACGGCCUCAGCACCCUGAGCUCCCCGGUCCAACCGGGCUCCAGUGGCACCCAGUGUGUCCACUUCUGGUACCACAUGGGUGGGGAGCACCCUGGUCUCUUCAGCGUGUACAUGAAGCCGGUGACGGGAGACAGAGUGAAGCUCUUUUCUAACAACCUCGACCAAGGAGAUGUCUGGCGCCAUGGCAACGCCAACAUCAGCAGCAACCUGGUAGACUGGCAGUUGGAGUUCGAGGCGGUCGGGGGAGGGGGAAAGGACACAAGUGUUGCCGUUGACGACGUUUCCCUGCUGGCUCAUCCCUGUGAAAGCGAAGGUUCCAAGUGUACUCUGGAGCAGGGCCUGUGUGGCUGGAGCAACACCAACCAUCUGGACCGGGACAAGCUGGACUGGGACAUCACCAGCGGAGAGACGGAAACACACUACCCUGUCCCCAUGCAUGACCACACACUGGGGACGGAGAGAGGUCACUUCCUGUUCUUCCCCAGCAGCAGUCGGACGCCAGCCAAUCAGAAUGCUCGGCUGGUCAGCGCCCAUCUCCCGCCAACCAAGGGCACCUGUCUGCGGUUCUGGGCUCACAGACCCUCCUCUGCGGACAACGUGCUGACGGUGUGGAGGCUGACGGGGGUGAACAGUCUCUACCAGCUGCUGAAGGUGGAGGCGGUGGAGGGCACCUGGGCCCCCUUCAAGAUUAGCAUCACCUCCACCGAAAGCUACCAGAUUGUGUUGGAGGGGGUCCGGGGCUCUGCGGGGGUCCUGGCCCUGGACGACAUCCAGUACACCGUGGGCACCGACUGUGACGGCAGAGUCACAGACCCACAACACGGGGGCCAGGCGGGCAGCGACGCCGGGGGCAUCGCCGCGGCCGUCAUCGUGGUUCUGCUCCUGCUGGGCUCGCUGGCCGGCCUCCUCGUCUUCUACCUGCGCACCAGGGGGACGGACGACCAGCUCAUCCCCAGCCGGUCAGCCCGCCAAUCAGUCGCCUCCUCUGGGGGCAAAGGCAUCGUCAACGAUGUGUACGAACCACAGAGCGAGGAUCGCGUGACGAUUCCACCAAUUCAGAACCAUCCCAUGGCUGCAGGCUUCAACAACGUGCUAACCUCGGACUCUGGGACCUUCAGGGAGAUGCAGGUGGCGUGAGGGGGAGGGGCGAGGGAGGGGCGUCACCUGAAGGUGGCCGAAGACAGAAUGGCGAUAUCACAGCAGCAGAACUGCUUGUGUCGUCGUGGUACAGACACACAGAUACACACACACACACACACACACACACACACACACACACACACACACACACACACACACACACACACACACACACACAUUAGCAGUGUGGUCGACGAUGUAUGUGUCUGCCACAACAAGCGCUAAUGCUAACAGGCUAAUGUGCAGGCCGGAUCAUUGAGGCCAGCUGGAGGCACUGCAGAUGUGCGCCAGAGCUAGCUCUAGUUGUGGAUGGUCGUCGGAAGGAGAACAGCGAUACGGCGGACGUCAGGGGCGGAGGGGGAACUGCUAGUUGGCAUGACAACAUGCGCAUUCCUCAGAUUUAGCUAACUGGCUAUCCGACACCCCAGUUGUGGAACCAGGGAUUAAUUGUCGGUUGAUUAACAUUGCAGAGGCAAAUUAGACAUGAUUUAACCUCCAGGAACAUAGAACGCAAUGAUAUAGGAGAGCUUAGAAAAGGAAUCUGACAAUAUUUUUGUCUUCUUAAGUAGCAAUUGAUAUGUAGCAAAACAUGAAAGAGGGUCGAUGUCACAGAAAACAAGAUGGAGUGUGUACGACGUUUGAAUGAAUUAAAGAUUAAACUGUGAACAAGACCCUCCGUGAA